CCUUUAGAUUCUCAGAGACUAUAAUACUAGUAAACCGUCCCAACCAAGGUCUAGUUUAUCAUUAAUUCGAGACGUCACCGCGAAAUACUUUAUCAGUAUUUUUGGAAGCUCAACCAACUAAAUCCUCCAUGCAUGUUGAAACCAGGUCCUCCAGAUCCUCCAGACGCCUCUCUCUCCUAAAACAGCUACGAAUCAUAUGAAAUUCGUCAUAGUGAAGAUGUGGUUUGAGAACAAACAAGUAAAAUAACGAAAAAGCGGAUCUAUAUAUAUCAUAAUCAUCCCAAGGUUGUCUGUAGGAUCAUCGCAUUGGAGGCGUCCGACCUAAAAGCACAAGGAUAUAUAACCAAUCAGUGAAUGAUGGCAAACCAAACAAGCCAAUCAAAUUCAAGCAACAAUCUAGUCAGCUACGGCACCGAGCCUUAUUUCAUCUACCCAAUCAGCAUGUUCUACGUGGCGCUCAUCUCCAUAGCAAUGAUCGGCAACACUCUGGUAAUAGUCACCAUUUGUUCUUGGUCGUCGCUACGAAAAUCCACCACAAACCUUUUCAUUUUGUCUCUUGCCGUCAGUGAUCUUCUCACUGCUUCGGUAGCCAUGCCUUUAGACCUUGAUCUUCUCUUGUCCGACAAUAUAUGGCGUCAUGGUGAAAUUUUCUGCGAAAUUUGGGCAACUGUCUAUUUGUCGACGGUCCCCACAUCCAUCCUAACGCUAAUGGCCGUGGGUUUGGACAGAUAUAAGACACUUAGUGAUCCAAUGAGUAAGUUUCGCGAGUACCAGUUCAUGACACGUAAACGUGCAAUACUCGUGGUUGUAAUCAUCUGGGUAUAUUCGAUUACAUUCGCUGUGAUUCCUUUCAUGGGAUUGCAGCAAUAUCCUAAGAACUUGAUGGAAGGACAGUGCUUGUUCAACAUCACAUACAUCUACUCCGCUGCAAGCUCGUUCAUUAACUUCAUCAUCCCAUUAAUGGUGACAUCGUUCCUGUACGGUAAAAUGUACCUCAUAGCGUACCGACACAACGGAGAGUUCAUUUCUAAAGGAAUUAACGAAAAUACCGUACAGAAAACAACAGCAGUGSCUGCUGAACAAAAGGCGUUCAUGAAAAACCUCAAGGCAGCCAAAACAGUCUCUGCUAUCGUCAGUGGGUUCAUAAUCUGUUGGCUGCCCUUCUGUGUGCUGAGCCUAACCAUGUCAUUCUGCUUCUCUUGUCUGGACAGAAUACCCGAGAAGCUUUACGCAAGUCUUCUGUUACUGGGCUACUCAAACUGCGCGCUCAACCCGUGUCUAUACUCGUUCAAAGACAAGAAGUUCAGAAAAUGUUGCAGGCUGACAAUGAUGUCUGCGUUCCUGAAGAACCCAAAACGAUCUGAGAUGAGCAAAAAACCUUCGUACGAGACACAACAGUCUGGCCUGAGGAAACCACGACUUUCUGAGAUCAUUUAUGACAACAAAGAUGCAGUCAAACUGACGUCCUUUUCUCGCCACCACUGCGCAACAUAAACUUGUAAAUAAAUACUUUGCAACAGAAAUUGUAAAACUUCAAGACAUUAUUUAAGCGAGUUCAUUUUAGAAAGGGAACAUUUAGAGCUAAGUUAUAAAGAUUUCGGUUUGYAAAACUUCUUAGUUUCACUCUUAUAUAUAGUUAUACACUGUUUAUAUAAUCCCACAAUAUUCAUAACGAACUCAGCCCGUGUGGAAUUCUAGGGCCUCGUAUAUCUAUGCGAUACGACUUCUUAAUCACUCUUGGAGAGGCAAUAGACUCGCCUUACACUGAGUCCUGAGAGGAAUUGUUCUGGGAUACAGCACAGUGGAUUUUUUUUUUUGCAUAAGAAAGGACGGCCUAUUGUUUUGUCCCUUUGUCUUCUAGGAAAUCAGUGCAAGGGGUCUGUGGACCAUUCUAUCGUAAUCGUACCACGUUUCAUUCUUUUGAGAAUAAGAUUCUUUGUGUAGUGUC